AUGGCAAAAGCGCAGGAAGCGCUGGAGAGAGCCCGCAGUGAAGUUCAUGCGGCCAUGGAGAAGCACAACAAACCAGGCAAGAAGGGAAAGAACAAAACCCACGACCCCUACUGGUGGGGCUACAUCGACGAUGGCCAAGGCUGGACAGCGCGUCCCAAAUCCGCAUACAUGAAGACCCCCGAAUACAACCCGGAAUUACGACGAAAAUUAAAGAAAGAGCGCAAGGAGCGGAAGCAAGAGGCCAAGGAGGUGGAGAAGAGGAUGAGGAGGGAGUGGUUGGAGGGAUCGAGGGUGUCGAAGAAGGUGGAGACGGGGUAG